AUGGAAUCUCACCAACCUUACUAUGAUGCGAUAGCUUCAAGGUGCACUUACGCUUCAUUGAACGAGGAUACUUGCGACCAAGACUGCCUCUCUCUGUCGCAUUGCCACCCUCGAUCCGCAGGUCAUCGAGGAUUCUUUAAGAAGAAUCAUCUACAGGAACGAUGGCUCCUCAUUCUAGCCUCCAUACUAAAAGAUAGCGCUUGUUCAUUGGGCACAGACUCUCGAGAGACUGUGGGCCCAAAGCUAUGGCGCCAAGGACAGCUCAUUAACGUCGACGACUCGUUCGAGAUAACCACCGGUGGCUACAAAGGCCGGGGAUGGGGCACCUCCAACGAGACGAUCAUUGAAGGCAAUACAGGCAUCAUUUGCCAUGGAUCCAUAAAUAUCUUCGAAUGUGUUCAGCCCGCCGAUGACUUGUACUCAAGGUAUCACGGAUCUCGUCCGGUAAAACCUAUCGCCUACCACCAUUCUUACAUCGACCAUCACGGCAGAGCUCUGGGUUUACUACCAAACGGCACCAACGGAGACUACAUAAUCCUCAUCGUAACCCUCCAAGGCUUCAUUGACCUGGCUACUAACGGGGCGAUAUCUGUUGGUCUGACCAUGAGCACGCAAGUCGUAGCCAUGUUUGGCAGUACUUUGCUGAAACACGAUUUAGAAUUGGGGCUACGUUUGGCCACUUCCGAGCAGUAUGUUGGCGACACAUGGACUAGUUCGAUGGGCGACCUAGCGAUCUCUGGCACCGCUCGCCAUUGGAGUAACACAAUUGAUGCGUGUCGUACAUAG